UACGUGAUGACGUAACUCGGGAGCUGCGGGUCCCGAUUGCUGCAGCCGCUUGUCAGUGUGACGAAGAUUGGCACUCAGGAAUGUAACCACUGUGUUAGAGGAAGAUUCUGCUUGUAAUUUCAGACUUGCAAGGAAGUGUCCAGCCAAGUACUUAAGUGAAACAUGGAGACAGCUAGCAGAUCAUUUCAGAAUCCAUGAUGUCAGCCCAGUCCGUUUCUAUAGAACGAUAUCAAGAAUCUCAGCAGAUACAAGUUUUAACUCAGACAAGCAAUGACCCUGAAGUUAGUGUUGGUAGUGGUAGUCCAACCUCUACAGAACCUCAGACAUCCAUGGAUGCAGAUAAAGACGCAAUAUACAGGCACCCUCUCUUUCCACUGUUAGCUUUACUUUUUGAAAAAUGUGAGCAGUCAACACAAGGAUCAGAGUGUAUUACAUCUGCCAGCUUUGAUGUAGACAUUGAAAACUUUGUGAGAAGUCAGGAGAAAGAAGGAAAAGUUUUUUUCAGUGAUGACCCAGAUCUUGAUAAUUUGAUGGUGAAGGCUAUCCAAGUACUACGCAUCCAUCUAUUAGAAUUGGAAAAAGUUAAUGACCUGUGCAAGGAUUUCUGUAGUCGAUAUAUUGCCUGUUUGAAGACUAAAAUGAAUAGUGAAACUUUGCUAAGUGGUGAUCCUGGGAGUCCUUAUUCACCUGUACAGUCACAGGCUUCAGGCACUUUUACUGGAACAUUAAGCCCUCAAGGAAUUGUGGUUCCAGCUUCAGCUCUACAGCAGGGCAAUGUAACUGUGACAACAGUAAACCCCGCACAAGUUGUUGCAGGUGGCACAGUCUAUCAGCCUGUGACUGUUGUUACUCCACAAGGUCAAGUAGUUACACAGACAUUGUCUCCUGGAACAAUACGAAUACAGAAUACACAGCUACAAUUACAGUUAAAUCAAGAUCUGAGCAUACUGCAUCAUGAUGAUGGAUCUUCAAAGAACAAGAGAGGGGUGCUACCAAAGCAAGCUACCAAUGUAAUGAGAUCCUGGCUCUUUCAACAUAUUGGACAUCCAUAUCCAACAGAGGAUGAGAAAAAACAGAUUGCUACACAAACUAAUUUGACCCUUCUUCAGGUUAACAACUGGUUCAUCAAUGCUCGAAGGCGAAUUCUUCAACCAAUGCUUGAUGCCAGCUGCUCAGAAACUCCAAAGACAAAGAAAAAAACUGCACAAAACAGACCUCUUCAGAGGUUUUGGCCAGAUUCUAUUAUUUCCAGUGUCAAUCAGCAACAAUCUUCAGAAAUAACAAUGUCAGAUGGAGGUAUGGUGUCUGUAAAUGUGGACAGUCUCCAGUCUUUGUCUUCAGAUGGUGCCACUUUAGCAGUGCAGCAGGUUAUGAUGGGAGGACACAGUGAUGAUGAUGAUGAUGAUGAUUCUGUGGAUAGUGGAGAGGACGAGAGUGGAAGCUUGUCAACAACAAACAUUACUGGGCUGAGUUUGGAAACAAGCGAUGCACUGCAGUAGCUUUGAUGUGAAAUAGAUUCAGAACCCAGAAAGAAAGAGCUGGAUAGAGAUGGACUGAUUAUAUGUAUUAGUUUGCACUGCAAACAUUUUUCAAAUGUUAUUUUUACUUCAUAUAUGUUUUACAGUUAGUUUUAGGAAGUGCACUUUUUAUUUUUGAAUUUGUUUAUCAAAUGAAAAUGGUAUAUAAAAUUAUGAAAGGCAAAAGCAGAUGAAUAAAAAACAUAACCUGGGGUGCCAAUAAAAGUGCAGCUAUGUUUUUUUCACACAUAGCAUGUCUGUUUUUUUAUCAUAGCUGUGCUUAUUAAACAUACAUAAAACCAUAGAGAUAGAUGGGAUUUUACCAACAUUAUUGAAAUGGCAAAGAAAAAAAAAGCUAUUUUUAUAAGUGACAACACAAAAUUGGAUCUUGCUUUUUUGUAAUAUUUAUGUAUAAAUUUAUGGAAAGCUGUGCUUUUUGGAUUUGAGAUGGAGUUAUUUUCAUUUCUGAUUAUGUAACAAAAUAAUAAAGUUAACACGUGUUCUGGAUUUUAACUGGGAGAAUCAGUGAAAAAGAACAAAACCCUAAAUAUUACACACUGGUCACUGUAUUUCAGUAAGGAUUUGGAAUUUCAAAAUGCAGUAUGUAAUUUAGAUGAGAUAGUUCUUAGCAUAUUUACAGUUUUAGUAAAGUUUGAUUUUCUGCAACAGUGUAUUUUCGAUUAAACUGUAAACAUGCCAAAUUUGUCGGCUUCACUAAAGGAUAUUUGUUUACACAUUUUGUUAGUUGUAGCUGUGUAUUUUGCCUUUUUGCCAGAUAAAUAAUGAGUUGCAUCAAGCAAAUCAAAGGCUGUUACAUUUUACGUAUGCUGUCUUUUGGGAACAUUAUUUCAGAUCCUUAACUGUUUUCCUUUUUUUGAAAGUAAGAGUCUUCUAUUUUUUAAUAAAUUGGUAUAAAGAUAAUA